UAUGAAAAAUUAUUGAACACCGAAGCAACGCCACCGCGAAGGCCUCUCUCUCUCUCUUUUAUCUCCAAUUCAAUCAAGCUCGAUUCUCGCAAAAUUUCUCGCCCAAAGAAACCAGUUUCCUUUUUCGUUAAUCGGACUUUUGGGUCAGUUUUCAACUCAGUUCGGUUCGCGCGUCGAUUAGUUUCUGCUCAACUCUCCUGUAGGACUGAUGGCUAAGAGCUACUUCAAGCAAGAGCAUGAUCUUGAAAAAAGAAAAGCAGAGGCUGCAAGGAUUAGGGAGAAAUACCCUGAUAGGAUUCCGGUUAUUGUGGAGAAGGCAGAAAGAAGUGACAUCCCUAGCAUUGAUAAGAAGAAGUACCUAGUUCCAGCUGACCUUACUGUGGGACAAUUUGUUUAUGUCAUCCGUAAAAGGAUUAAAUUGAGCCCGGAGAAAGCGAUCUUUAUAUUUGUGGACAAUGUCCUCCCUCCUACAGGGGCAAUAAUGUCUGCAAUAUAUGAAGAGAAGAAGGAUGAAGAUGGAUUUCUGUAUGUUACUUACAGUGGGGAGAACACGUUUGGAUUUGGGUUUGGGUGGUAGCUUGGCUUCUGUGAGAGACCUGAGAUUUCUCUCAUUUGUUACACUUAUAUUUUAGAUUCUCGCUAUCUUCUUCUUCUUCUUCUUCUUCUUCUGUUCUCGCUGCCUCUUCCUUUUGCUGCUUGUUCUCACAGUUCAAGGAUUCUGGCAAACUCAUAUCGUGUACAGCUCUACAUAAUGAAUAAAAUUUGUGAAAAAAAAAAACAAUAUCCUCAAUAUUCCCUUUAUAUUUUUUUCUUCCCCCCUCCCUUUUUGUGUGGGGUAUUUCUUCUGUUUUUCUGCCUGUAAGCUGUAAAAGAUCAAAUUUACCUUAAUAAGAUUAGCUUGAGUUUA